AUGAGUGAGCAUUACCCGACACUUGCGCAGACUGCGCUUGUCGCUGCUGCCUUCAAGAUUCUCUUGUUCCCCGCAUACAAAUCCACCGACUUUGAGGUUCAUCGCAAUUGGCUCGCCAUCACAAACAGUCUGCCUCUGGAGAAAUGGUACGUCGAGAAGACGUCGGAAUGGACUCUGGAUUAUCCGCCUUUCUUCGCCUACUUCGAAUGGAUUCUCGCCCAUGUCGCUCGUCUCGUGGAUCCUCUCAUGGUUAAAGUCUACAACCUCGACUACGAUAGCUGGCAGACCAUCUACUUCCAACGAACUUCUGUCAUCAUUACCGAGUUGGUUCUGGUCUGGGCGCUGCAGACCUUUAUCGACUCAGCGCCUCUCAAGUCUCGCCGGGCUGCUCAGACCGCCGCUCUAUCGAUUAUUCUUUCGCCAGGACUCCUCAUCAUUGAUCAUAUCCACUUCCAGUACAAUGGCUUCAUGUACGGUAUCCUCGUCAUGUCUCUUGUUCUUGCGCGCGAAAAGAGUGAACUAUUGAGCAGUGGACUUAUCUUUGCUGCUCUGCUCUGCUUCAAGCACAUCUACUUAUACUUGGCCCCUGCCUACUUUGUCUAUCUCCUACGGGCAUACUGCCUGUCGUCCAAAUCCAUCUUCCGCAUUCGAUUCUUGAACUCUAUCAAGCUAGGUCUCGGCAUUGGAACGAUUUUCGGAGCCGCCUUCGGUCCAUUUGCUGCCAUGGGUCAAAUUCCCCAGCUGUUGAGCCGGCUCUUCCCCUUCUCCCGUGGCCUUUGCCAUGCUUACUGGGCGCCUAACGUCUGGGCUCUUUAUUCUUUUGCGGAUCGAAUCCUUAUUCAUGUUGCCCCACGGAUCGGAUGGGCUGUCAACAAGAGCGCGUUGCAGAGUGUCACCCGUGGCUUGGUCGGAGACACGGCGUUCGCCGUAUUGCCGGAGAUCAGUCCACGAGCCUGUUUUGUUCUCACACUCUUCUUCCAGGUCAUACCUCUGAUCAAGCUCUUCUUCCAACCGACUUGGGAGACCUUCAUUGGAGCUGUCACUUUGUGUGGAUACUCCUCUUUCCUGUUCGGCUGGCAUGUGCACGAGAAGGCCAUUCUUCUCGUCAUUAUCCCGUUCAGUCUCAUUGCCCUUCGGGACAGGCGGCAUCUCGGGGCUUUCCGCCCACUUGCCGUUGCCGGCUAUGUUUCACUCUUCCCGCUCCUAUUCACACCAGCCGAGUUUCCUAUUAAGACCAUCUACACGAUUGUCUGGCUGGUGGUAUUCCUUUUGGCGUUCGAUCGCCUUGCCCCUGCCUCCAACAAACCCAGAAUCUUUCUCUUGGACCGAUUCAGCACUCUUUACAUUGCUGUGAGCAUUCCGCUGAUUCUGUACUGCUCACUGCUACAUCACCUCAUAUUCGGAAAGAACUAUGAGUUUAUUCCGCUGAUGUUUACGAGCUCGUACUCAGCGAUAGGUGUGGUUGGAAGCUGGGUGGGAUAUAUGGUUGUGUAUUUCACUGCGUAG